AUGAUUUUGAUUUCAUCAUUGAUUUUUGUUGCAAUACAGGUGAUUCCUAGUUUUUAGAAAUGCAGCUAAAGGAUGGAUUCAUUGACAGUUUAUGCUACAUAAGAUGAGAAGUUAUAAUGGAAUUUAAUGGAUGAGUUCUUUAAGGGUGCAGGAUUGAAAUUCUCCCUAAGUGAUACUACAUAGAAGGAAUUUAAUAUAAUAGCUCCAGUAGAGAAUACAGGUGGUUCUGAACCAUAUAGUGAAGGUAUAUAGAAUAAAAUAAAGAUUAGUUGCCUAAAAGAUUAUAUCAUCAAGAGCAUUGAAAUCGAAUAAAUAUUGGGUGAAUAAAUUUGUAUUUUUAAACAAGGGACCAACAAAGAUAAGUUUAGGAAUAGCAAAAGGGUAUUUGAAAUAAUAAUAAAAAUAGUGAGGCUGGUGAGAAUAUGAAAAGUCCAAAAUUUGAUGAAGUCAUAAGCUUGAAUAAUAUAAAAGAGGAAUUAGAUUGUUAUGAUUUGGAAUAUAUAGCUGAUGAUACAUUUAUAGUUGGUUGUUCAAAAAUGGUAGAAGGAAAAGUGAAAAAUGUAUUAUAUUAUGUAAAUGGUGGAGAUUCAUUUGAAUAUUUAGUAGAAGAUCCUUGGAUAAUAGGAAAUCAUCAUUUAUUAGGAUCAUAUAAAGUGAAAGGAUAAGGAGGAAAGGAAUAUGGAUAUUUGAUUAGAGUAACUCCAUCAUAUUCAUUAACAAAAGAUGGAUCAUUAGGUGGAGAUUCUUUGUUGGAAGUGUUCUUUUUAAAUGAGAAAGGUUAACCUUCAAAUACAGGAUAUGUAUUAGAUGGAUUAACAAUGUCUUGGUUAUUAGAUAAAUAACAUGAUUUUGAAUUUAAUAUAGUGGAUAUGAAGGUAAUUGAGAAUGGAGAUAUAUAUUUAUUAGAUGCUUAAUAUGGUAUAUUUGUUGUGAAUUUCAUUCCAAAUGGUUAAUUUAAAUUGAAGAAAUCUAUUGAUACAGGAAUGGGUUUUGCUUAUGCAUUUGAUAGAAAUAUAUUUUUGAGAAGAGAUGGAACAUAUUCUGAAAAUAUAGUAGUAUUAGGAUAUGGAUUUGUAGAAUUAAUUGUAGAAGAACAAUUAAUAGGUGAAUAUAAUUUACCUGGUGGUAUUCAUUAUACAUUCCCAGCUAAUGUUGAUUUAUCAUAAGAGUUCAUUAUUGUUAGAUAAGAUAAUGCAACAUAUCUUUUUGAUAUUGAUGCUAAAUCUAAAGAUCUUUUACAAAUGCAAUAGAUUCCUAAAGAUAGUUAUGUUAUGAUUAAUCCAUUCUUACCAGAUAUGAUUGUAUUAACUUUAACUUAAGCUUAAAGAUAUACUCUAUCUUAAGGAUAUCUUUAAUAUAAUGGUUCUAAUCAAGUUUAAGAAAAGAUGAUGAUUGAAGUUAUAGCAGAAAGUGCUGAUCAAAUUUGUAAAGUUUAACUUACUUAUCAAAUCAUUGAAAGUGAUGAUAAAUAAUUGUAUUAAUACAAAGAUACUCUUAAUCCAUUCCCUAAUCAAAUUACUGAAGAUACUGAACCAUUUUAAUUAAAUGUUUUAACAAGUGGUCCUAAUGAAUAAUAUGAAUAAAUUGUUGAAUUACAAGCAGAUGGAACCGCUGUUAAUGUUAAUUUAAGAACUUAUUGGAAAUUAAAUUUCCCUUAACCAUUAUCUAAUGAUUUAUAAUUCCAUGAUGUUUUAGUUGGAACACAAUCAUCAUAUUUCUUCUUAGCUUAAUAAAAUAAAGAUGGAAAAUUAACCAUUCUCAAAGCUACUCAUGAUUCUAUCUUCAAUGAUCAUGCUACUUAACAAAAAGUUUUUGAUAAUGUGAGUGUUGGUACUAAAUUAACUAAAUCAACAUUCCAAAUGUGGGAAUGUGGAUAUCCUAAAUUCCAUUUUGCUUAUGUAGAUAAUAACAAUGUCUAUCUUAAAGUUUAUUCUGAUGAUUAAGUUAAAGAUAUCAAAACCAUACCAUUUUAAAAUGGAGUCAGUAUUCUCUUCUUAAAAAAUUAUCUCUAUCUUUUAUAAAAUGGUACCGUUAAUGCUUAUGAUACACAUGGAGAAUUUGUUAAAUCUGUUGAUUUAUAAUUAUUGUAAUCACAAGGUUACAAAGAUACAUGGGCACCUAAAAAAAUCUUUGGUAAUAGAAAAAUAAGAGAAAAUCUUCUUUUUGUUGUCCAUCAAAAUCAUGUCACUCUUUUAGAUUUUCAUACAUCAUAUACCUUUAUAAAAUCAAUUCCUAUAGAUGAUUCAGAUAACAUUGAAAUUGCUAUUGGAGCUGAGACAUUCUUCAUUAUUACAAAACAAAUUGUUGAAUAUGACUUUGAUAGAUUGAAUAACAUUUUCUAAACAAAAGUAGUCUAAUUAUAUGAUUUCGAAUUAACCGAACCACUUUUAGGUGAUUUCUGUUCAGAUACUGGUUAUCUCUUUGUAAUUGCUAAAACCAAACCUUAAGAAAUAAAUGAUGAUACAAAUAACAAUUUCCUUUUAGUUAUUCAACCUAAUACACUUUAACAUGAAGCACUCUUUAAAGUAUUACCUGUACAAGAUCCACAAUUAAUAUCAACUCAAGGAACUUUAUCUCAAAUGUAUGUUUAUAUCUAAACUAAAACUAAUGCUGAUAUCUAUUCUAUGUUAACUAAUCCUGUCUUAAUCAUUGAACCCUCUAUUGAUGAUCCUUAAUUUGCUGCCUCAGUUUAAAUUUCUCUACUUAUUUCCAAUUUUGAAGGAGUACCUAAAAUCCCUCUUAAAUAAUCAAUCACUGUCAUCAAUACUUAAACCAAAAUUUAUGCUGAUUAAAGCAAAUUUAAAGAAAGCUCUAUUGAAAUUGAUCAUAAAGAUUACACUCCUAAAUAAAAAAAAUUAAAAAAUGAUUGGUAUAGUGGUUAAAUCUCAGAAUUCUAAGUUAUUUGUGAAUAAUGUACAAAAGUCAAAAAUAAAACUGGAAUUUAUAUUUCAUAAACAGUAGAAAUUGCAAAUGUUUAGUUUUUGGGUAAUUUUCAUAUAAGAUCCGUCAAUAAGAAUCUUGUAUAAGCUACUGAUGCUUUAAUCUUCUUAAAUGAUGACGAUACUCUAAAAGAGACUAUUUCAUUUGAAUUUCCUACUGAACCUUAUUCCUGUUUCUAAUCCACUUCCUCUGAUAAUUAUAUUUUGAGUUUAUGUCACGAUGGAUAGGUAUAUACAGUCUAUGCCUCAAGUGGAAUUAGUCUCACAGGCUGGUUCCCUGUUGGAUAAGUCUUAACAUUAAAUUCAUAAACUAAAAAAAUUGAACUACUUUCAAAUGAUUAUCUUGCUGUCUUGGAUGAUUAAACAUUUUCUAUUUCCAAAAUUAACAUGGAUUUUGAAAAAGAUUGGGCUUUAGAAGAAGAAUAUGUUAUUAACUUAAAUUAAAUUUAAAUUUACUAUGAAGACAUCUUAACAUUUAAACCUAAUGAUUUCCUUAUUACUCCAGUCAAUCAAGUUGAUGGUAUUCAAUACUAUAAAGUACUUAUUACUAGUGGAGAAGGUAUUUUCUUUUUAGAUUUUUACUUUAAAAAUUCAAAUUUAACCACAUUUGAUUUAGAAUAUAUUAAUUUAUCUUCAGAAUUAUAAAAAAUAAAAUAAUACGCUUUGAACUCUACUUAAUAUUUGUUAGUAAAAGAAUUAAACCCAUUUGAUGCUAAUACAAUGAAUGUUUUCAUUUAAACAAGCAAUGUUGUUCAUUAUGGAUUGAAAAUAUAAUUGGCUGUUAAAGAAGGAUAAAGUCAUUUGACUUACAAAGGUUUAGAGACUUAAUUCUUAUUAAAUCGUUAUGGUAAUUGGAAUAAUGUAAGAAAUGUAGCAGUUUCUAAGAAUUAUGUAGCAAUUCCUUAUUAAAACGAAGAUAAGUUUUUAAUUGCAGUUUAUUAAAGAUCAGAAUAAACUAAACCAACAACUGCAUUAGGAAGUUCAAGUUUUAUAUAUGAUGCUUCAACAUUGAACCCUUUAGAUUUUGCAUUAUUCUUUAGAAAUGAUAAGUUGUAUGGUAGUUCUCCAAAUAGUAAAACAGAAUAAUAUGUAAUAAGGGAAGAACCAGAAUUAACUUUCAUUUAAGCAGCAGAUUCUCUAUUAAAAUCAGAGAAAGUUAAAAUUGAGAUUAGAAAUGAUUUCAGUAAGUCUGAAGUAACGUUUGAAUUGAAAAUAACUGGAGAUCCAGAUCCCCCUGGUCCUGAUCCUCCUGGUCCAGAUCCUGAAGAACCUUCAGAGAGGUAAAAUGUAAAAUUUAUAUUAGUUCUAAAUUAUGGUGGAUUAUUUUGAUCGUUGUAGGUGGUAUAGCAUUAUUAGGAGGAGUGGCAUAUGUUGUUUAUCGUAUGAAAAAUAAGAAAGUCGAAGAUGAUUAUGAAAGAUAAGAAUGAAGAUGAAUAUGAAAAAAUUGAGAUGUUGUAUUCAUAUUAAAA